AUGCUCGCGGCGUCGACGCUUCCCGCCGCGCGUCCCGCCGCGGCGCGGCCGCCGUCUGUCCGUCCUCGCCGCGGCGCCGUCGCCCUCCGCGCGGGGCUCCGAGAUCCCGACUACUGGACCGACGUCGUCUCGCUCGUCACGCCCUCCGUCACGAUCGGCGUCGACGCGGGGUCGCUCGCGGCGCUCGCGAUCGGCGGCGUGCUCGUCCUCGGACACUCGUGGGAGUCCAUCGAGGCGUCGCGAGGGUGGAAAGAGAGCCGCGCGCGCGAGAAGGCGGCGGCGGCGAAGAGGACGGCGACGGCCGCGGCGACGGCGACGGCGACGGCGACGGCGGACGUCGCGGCGAAGCAGAGGACGAGUCGGACGACGCGCGCUGGACCGAUGACGAAGGAGGAGCGCGAGGCCGCGGCGCUGGACGCGCGCGCGGAGCGGCGCGCGCUCCUCGCGGCGCGGCGGCGCGGCGGUCACGGCGCGGCGGUUUCGGCGACGAGCUCGUCGACCGCCGCCGCCGCGGAGAUCACCGUGUGCGUGAACAACGCGUGCGCGAAGCGCGGCGCGAAUGACGUCGCGGCGGCGUUGCGGGCGCUCGCGAUCGCGGCGGAGAGCGACGCGUCGUCGUCGAAAGUCAAAGUCGUCGUGAAAGGCGCGCGGUGCAUGGACGCGUGCGCGGCCGGGUGCGUGCUGCGGGUGAACGGCGCGAGCGGGCUGGAGACGUUCGACCACGUCGCCGCGGACGAGGCGGCGAUCGUGCUCGAGCUCGCGACGGGGGCGACGGCGGCGGCGGCGGCGGCGGCGGACGCGGGCUGA